AUGGCGGAAGCCAUAGCUACAAAUUUUCCACCAGUUUCCAAAAAAAGUUUACAUUUCACCACUCCAAAACACAACCACAAUAUUGAGAAGAAACUGGAUAACUCACCGCUACCUGUUCUGGGAGAACUUCUAUCACCUGAGCAAUCACAAGCUAUUACAAAUAACGUUAUUGAAAAUGAUGCACCAAAAAUGCGAAAAGUUACAAACGGAAGGGUCGUAGUUGAAGAUGAGUUGAACUUUUUGGAAUCUCCGAAGAGAAAAAGACGACGAAUUAGUCCAAAUUUAGCGAUUGAUGAUGAUGACUUUGAAAUCACACCCCCUGCUUCCCCUGAUGCUGACGAGAAGAUAAUGAUGAAAAUUAAACAACACAGACAGCAGAAAUCAUGUAACUUUAAUACUACAUUAGAACCAAAUGAGACAGAAACGAGAACUUUAAGCAGAGAUGUGAAUCACACUACAGUACAUGUACUCAGAAGGCAGCCACAAGGGAAACAUUUAACUGUGACCGGACAUGAUGGGGAGAGGGUGUACGUGAAAGUUAGAGAUGAUGAUAAAUUGGUUGAUAAAACCAAGAUUGUUGUUUAUGGCAACAGAAGUGAUGGAUCUUUACAGUUACUUUCUACAUCAAUAGAUGUACUCCGUGAAAUCAUUGAAGAGAAGAGGACAAAUCAGCUAUUAGAAGAAUCACAACGAAUCAGUGAUGAACUUGAACGAGAAGUUAAUGAAAAUAGAGUAAUAGCGAAGAGAGAUGGAAAUGAAACAAAGACUGGUUCCCUAUGGGUUGAUAAAUAUGGUCCUCAACAGUAUAGCGAGCUGCUCAGUGAUGAUGGAACAAAUAGAACGUUACUACGCUGGUUGAAACUCUGGGACUACGUGGUGUAUGGCAAAGAGUACAAACCUAAGGAAGAAAAGAAGAAGACUACAAAACCGAACAUGAAGAAAUGGGGUGCAAAUGUGCCUGAGGUGGUUGAGGAAUUAGAUGAACACAAAAGACCUGUACAUAAAGUGGCUUUACUGUGUGGUCCGCCUGGUCUGGGUAAAACUACACUGGCACACGUCAUAGCUAAGCAUGCUGGGUAUAACGUGAUUGAAAUGAAUGCUAGUGAUGAUCGAAGUGCUGAAAUAUUUCGCACACGUAUUGAGUCUGCGACUCAGAUGAAAUCGGUUCUUGGUCCGGACCAGAAGCCAAACUGUUUAAUUAUAGAUGAGAUUGAUGGUGCGCCUGCGCCUGCUAUCAAUGUCUUGCUGUCAGUGAUCAAGAGAAAAGACACUGCUGCCUCGGCUCCAGAACCAUCACAGUUUGGCAUACCUGGUAAAAAAAAGAAGAAGAAACAAACGAUGUUACUACGACCAAUUAUAUGCAUAUGUAAUGACCAAUUUACCCCAUCACUUCGUCAACUGAGACAGCAGUCAUUGAUUGUUCAAUUUCCACCAACACUGUCUACAAGACUUGCUACCAGGCUGAAUGAGAUCGCGAGGAAUAACUAUCUGAAAACAGAUCAGACCACACUGCUGGCAUUGUGCCAGAAAGCUGAGAAUGAUAUCAGAUCAUGCAUAAAUACAUUACAGUUCAUCAGAGGUCAGUUCAGUCAGUUAACACUACAGAUGAUCAAUUCAAUGAGUAUUGGUCAAAAAGAUCAACAUAAAGGAUUAUUUGCUGUCUGGAAUGAGAUAUUUCAGUUACCAAGGGUAUCAAAGUAAGUUAAAAUCAGAUGAUAUAUAAACAUCUUGUUGUAUGUUAUCUGUUAAGGUGAAGAA